AUGAGUCCAGAGACCAUAAAUGGCAGAAGUAACAUUCCAUCAGAACAACAUCAGGACCAGCCUGCCCUCUCCACAGCUCCACCCGUCACCAGUACACAGUACCAGGACCAGCCUGCCCUCUCCACAGCAUCAGGACCAGCCUGCCCUCUCCACAGCACCAGGACCAGCCUGCCCUCUCCACAGCACCAGGACCAGCCUGCCCUCUCCACAGCACCAGGACCAGCCUGCCCUCUCCACAGCACCAGGACCAGCCUGCCCUCUCCACAGCUCCAGGACCAGCCUGCCCUCUCCACAGCUCCACCCGUCACCAGUACACAGUACCAGGACCAGCCUGCCCUCUCCACAGCUCCAGGACCAGCCUGCCCUCUCCACAGCAUCAGGACCAGCCUGCCCUCUCCACAGCUCCAGGACCAGCCUGCCCUCUCCACAGCUCCAUCCGUCACCAGUACACAGCACCAGGACCAGCCUGCCCUCUCCACAACUCCACCCGUCACCAGUACACAGUACCAGGACCAGCCUGCCCUCUCCACAGCUCCAUCCGUCACCAGUACACAGCAUCAGGACCAGAAAAUAAAAAUAGAAGCCUUCUGGAUUUUUGAACUUAACACUCAAGGGUAA